AUGAGUUUAUCUUGGAUGUUUGGGUGUUGUUCCUCGAAUUCUUCUUAAUAUGCAAGAGCCCCGUCUGUAACAGAUAAAACCUUACGCAGGAAAUAGCGUCGUCGUUUGGAUAGAAACAGUGACUACACUGAGUAAGAUACAGAAUAAGAUGAAAAAUAAGAUCAGCAGGAAGAGGAGAAGCAGAGAACAGAAUCAAUAAGUUCAUUGAUUUUAAAGCAGGAGAUCCACUCUAUGUGCAUUAUACUAGAGCAGUACAAACUGGAGAUUAUUACACUGUUACCAAAGAUUCUUUAGAUUGCUAGAAAGGCUCAAGCAAAGAAGAAAUAAACUAUAAUAGAAAAGACAAAGGUUCAGAUAAUGAAGACUAUCAAUAAAGUGAAACAGGAGGUAUUAUUAGAAUUCGGGUCUCUAGUCAGCUGUAAAAAUGAAGAUGAAUUUAAUGCAAAGUUAGACAAACUGAAGAUAUUCCCCUAGGUAUAGUAAAUAGAUAUAGAAAUAACAGAAGCAAUUGAGAAGGCUCUAAAUGGUAUUGAUCCCUAGCUCUAAGUAGUGCUUGAGGAUUAGAAACUAGAUCUUGAGAGCUACAAACAGAUUGGUUACAAGAUAUAUGCUGUAAUCAGAUACAAACUUUAUCAGAAGUUAAAACCUCUGCAAAAGAAGGAAAUAGGGUAUUUGGGAGAGAACGAGAUAAAGGAUUGCGUCAAAGAUUUAGAUGUUGAGCAAAUCAGAUAGGAAGUAUUUAAGCUUUUUGAAAUCGAUACUGGAUUGGAUAGCUAGCUCUCGCUCAGGAAAAUUUAAUAUCUUAAUUAGGAUGAUGAAAUGUUCCAGAACUACUUAAGAUGCUUAAAAGAAGCUCAUGAGAGAUUCCUCGGCUACAUAUUCUAGGGCUAUAAAUUUAAGAAAAUGGAAUAAAACCCCAUUCAUUCCAAAGAUUUGAACUACGGCGUCUCUAAUAUGUUCACAGAGAUUUUAGAUGAACUGUUGGAUGACACUCAUUAAAUUCUUGCUGAAGAGUUUCAACAAAAUUAGAUCAGAAGAUUUAGCAAUAAUGUAAGUCCUAGAGCUAAAUUUUAAAAACAAUAAUAGCAGCAGUAGUAAAGUACGACCCCGAAGAAAUUGUCAUAGUUGAAGCUUGAUGAUACUGAAAAUUCCUAUGUAGGCGAAUCAACAUAGGUAGAGGACGAGAUCAUUGACUAAAUAAUCAAUAUUUAGAAUAAAUCAAUUAUUGAAGAUCCUAAGUCCAAUAAAAACAAAGGCCCAGGUGGGUUCAAGUAAAUGCUUAAAAAAGACUUGUUUAUUAAGAAUGAAGAAGAGCAGAAUGAUAGUGAAGGCGCAAUCAGAUUCAACUAAAUGUUCAGCAACAACUCAAGCAGAGUCAAUUCUACUAGAAACAACAUGCCACCAAAUAAGACACCUUUGAACUUUUAAAGACAAACUGUAGGCUACCCACUAGCAGAUCCAUUUAUGAAACUAUCGCCGCAUGGUGGUCUACCUACCUCUAAGUCUAAGAAGGGCUUCUUUUAAAAUGAGGCUGCAAACUAAUUUAAUCAAAUAGGAGAUGAUCUAGACGAUGACUUUGUGCUUGAUGGCAUUAAUGAAAGCAGUCUAAAUCAUAGAAAAGGGUUUAAAGGCCAUAAAAAGAGCAAUAAUCAAGAAGAUAUGGAUGAAGAAGAAGAUGAUAGAUACAUUAAACCCUCAAGUUUAUGA